GCUGAUCACUCGGUGUUUCUUCUCUUCCUCGCGUCUUUUCAGUUGCAUAACAUCACAGCGCCAAAAUGACAGAACGCCUCAAGUCCAUCGUUGCGCAGAUGACGCCCUCUACCAGCGGCCUGUCCACCAUCACCACCAAGAACCCGGACGAUGUAGUAAUCACCCUCGCCAUCCGCACACCCCUCACAAAAGCCUACAAGGGCGGCUUCAAGGACACAAAGCUCGACGGCAUCCUCGUCAAGACCCUGAAGCAGGUCGUCGCUCAAUCGAAGCUCGACCCUGCCGUUGUAGAGGACAUCUGCUGCGGCAAUGUCUCAGACGCGAAGGCAGCAUACUACGUCCGUGCCGCCAUGCUGGCCGCCGGCUUCCCCAACACCACCGCAGGCUCCUCGCUCAACCGCUUCUGCUCCUCCGGCUUGAAGGCCGUACAAGACAUCGCUAACGCAAUCGCCGUUGGCGCUAUCGAGUGCGGUGUCGCCAUGGGAGCCGAGAGCAUGACGAGCGGCGGCGACAGGCUCGAGCGCCCCUUUGUCGACGAGAUCCUCCAGAACCCCGAGUCCUGCGACUGCAUGCAGCCCAUGGGCCAGACAUCCGAGAACGUCGGUAACGACUUCAACAUCUCCCGCGAGCGCCAGGACAGAUACGCCGCCGAGUCAUACCGCCGCGCCGAGGUCGCGCAGAAGGCUGGGUGGUUCGACGACGAGAUCGCGCCCAUCAAGACCACCGUCAAGGACCCCAAGACCGGCGAGGAGAAGGAGGUCACGCUCACAAAGGACGAGGGUAUCCGCUACGGCACCACAUUCGAGUCGCUGCAGAAGCUCAAGCCUGCUUUCCUGCCCCACGGCGACAAGUCGCACGCCGGUAACUCCUCACAACUGACGGACGGCGCCGCCGCGGUCCUGCUGAUGAAGCGCUCCAAGGCUGAGGCGCUCGGCCAGCCCAUCCUCGCCAAGUACGUCGGCGCCACCGUCGCCGGUCUUCCUCCCAGGAUCAUGGGUAUCGGCCCUUCCGUCGCCAUUCCCAAGCUCCUCUCCCAGUUCAAGCUCACGCUCGACGACAUCGACCUGAUCGAGCUCAACGAGGCGUUCGCAUCCAUGGCCGUGUACUGCUUGGAGACACUGCAGAUCGACCACAGCAAGCUGAACGUCAGGGGAGGUGCUAUUGCGCUGGGUCACCCUCUCGGCUGCACAGGUGCUAGGCAGAUUGUCACAGGUCUGAGUGAGUGCAGGAGGCAGAAGAAAAAGAUCCUGCUUACUAGUAUGUGUAUUGGUACUGGCAUGGGUAUGGCUGGUCUGUUCGUCAACGAGCAGCUGUAAAUUGCGCAAAGUGUAUUAUGUUAGCGUUGGAAAAGCAAUGAAGUACUGUCAUGACCAAGAUCUUUGAAGUCUCUUCUGGCCCCCCUAUGUGUCUCAGCUCCUGGGUCCAAGUGCGCCAGCUCCGGCUAGCAUGUGACUGCUUUGGGUAUAAACUACCAAGGCUUUCCUUCUCUUGCUUAUCGUUUUCAUCGAACUCUUCUCUCUCUUUUCGAAAGUAAGACAUUGGAGAUGACAUGUGUUUGUGGUAGAUGUUCAAAUUGUUCACAGGCAACUCUGCAUGCCCUUCCCUCUCCUCUCUGGUGUCGAUAGCAAUCAAAAGAACUUACCGCGA